AUCGAAAGAAGCUUAAAGAUGCCAAAACUAAUUAUGGGGUUGUAUGAUGAUAUUGAUAACGUGGCGUUGGCGGCAUCACCCCAGAGUUUCAUUGGAUACAAUGACUGGAGAGGGAAGAAAAAAGCAAGACCUCAGAUAUUACAUGAAGAAUUGUCAGAGAAAGUAGCAGAGGUUUAUGACAUGCAGCAAUUUGCGUGGCUUGCAAGGUCUGAGUGGAAAACUUUUAAACAGGAUCUUGAAGAGAUUGGAAAUAGUAUGAAGAAGUAUCAUUACAAAGCCUUUGAUGACAUCUUUGGCCAAGACACCGUAGAGGUUGAUCGUCCUGGGGCAAAGACCCAAGAGAACAAGUCUGGGAAGGCUUACUUCACAAAAGAGAAGGUGCGUGACGCAGUUGAAUGUGUGAGCUGUGGCAAGUGGAGGUGCGUGUAUGCUCCAACUAAACCGCCUCGUGCAAGCACGGAUCAAUUCCAUCAGGCUGUAGAUACCCUUAUGUACACUUGCGGAGCUCCAAUCCUCCCAGAAGGACAUCCUGUAGCAGAAAUCUUCAUCGUACGCCAGGAUAUUUCAUGCAGUGAUCCAGUGGAAAAGCAGUAUUAUUCGUGCAAAAACUUUGACCUGAUCUGUUGCAGAUGUGGAAGCACAGAACCCGAUGCACUAGUGAAUGAAGAGAUGAAGCGCCAAUACAAAGUGGUUAACCCUGUUUGUCGGGCCUGCUCGGAAAAGGGUGCCAAGCCUGUUGUCUCCGCCCCGAAAACAGUGACAGCAUCCGCCGGAAAGAAGAAGAAGAAACCUUGAAUGCAACUUCGUGUUAGAACUAAACUUUCAUGAUCAUCAGUCGCCCCCACUAUGAGAUUGAAACUGACAAGCAAGACUGUUAGAAAGUUACUGUUUAAUGAAGA